AAGCAUCAGGCCACAUCAACGACCGACCGACGAUGCGAGCAAUCGAAGCCGGAGAAUUCAGUUCAGUUUGGAGUUGCAUUUCCAACGGACGGACACACAAUAAGUGAGCCGAGCGGCGCUAAAUAAGUCUCAGCGACUAUUCUGUCGAAAUCAUAUUUGCCCAUUCGAUUUGAAUCGAAACCAGUCAGCGGAGUGUGGUGUGUUGUGAUCUACGUGACUUUCGGCAUAGCCACACAACACCGUAUCGUAGGAACAAAAAAAAAGACACGAAACUCACCGACCGUGCGUUCUAAUCGUGCCGAAUAAUAGUGACUUUGCGUGAAUUCGAAUUUGCGACCGAUUUCUGAUUAACCAGUGAAGAUGCCCCGACCGGUCAAGUUCUUCUACGAUCUUCUAUCGACGCACUCCCGUGCCCUCUACAUGUUCUUCGAGGCCACCAAAAUCCCGUACGAUCCGAUUCCGGUUUGUGCAACCAAAGGUGAGCACCUAACCGACGAGUACCGUCAGAGCGUCAACCGGUUCCACCAGGUACCGUGCAUCAUCGACGAUGGCUUCAAGCUGUCCAACGGCGUCACCAUACUCAAGUAUCUAAUCCGCGAGAAACUGAUCCCGGAACACUGGUACCCGCGCGACAGCCAGCUGCGCGCCCGAAUCGAUGAAUAUCUCGAGUGGCAGCACGACAACAGCUCGAAGGUGAACAAUGCGUUCGUGCAGGAAAAGUGGAGCCUGCGCAACACCGAUGACGAGCGUUCGAGCGAGCAGAAAGUCGAGGAGUACCGGCGCCAGAUGGAUCAGAACCUGAACCAGCUGGAACGGGAGUGGCUGGUGCCCGGGCGGUUCAUCGUUGGCGAUCGGAUUACGAUCGCGGACAUUCUGGCCGCUUGCGAGAUCGAGCAGCCCAAGAUUGUCGGCAUGGAUCCGUUCCAGGGACGUCCGAAGCUGGCGGCCUGGCUCGAAAAGGUGCGCUACACCAUGACGCCCUACUACCAGGAAGCCCAUCAAGACUUUUACAAGUUUGCUGAGAAGGGAGCAGUAAAAAACUAAGUGUAAAGAUUUACAGACUUGUUGAGUUGAGUGGAAUGACGGUUGUCGGCGACCAAGGUCGCCGUUUUGUAAUAUGUUAGACUUCUAGAUGUAUUAUAUACAUUUAUAUCAUAGCUUUGUAUAUUUAGUAGGUAUCACCGGUUAAGUUUUCUAUUCUAUAAGUGCCUUAAGAUUAUGUCAAUAAAGUGGAAAUGAUAGUCACUUGA